GGCACUCACUAAACACGAAAUGUCAAAUUAGGCGACAACCAGAGAAGCAAAGUGAAAGAAAGUUAAUUUUUUUAUCUAUACGACAGAAUUGAAAGUGAUUUUUUCCAAAAAAAAUAAUUUGCUAUCGUGACCAAUGCAGCAAAAAUGUUUUUACUAGUUUAGCUAGUAUGCCCUUACCACGGCAUUACUCGUCCGGCUAGAAAAUUGCUUCACAAAUCGUCUCCCCUAUAGCAGGUAGACAUAGGAGCUCUAAAAUGACGAGCAUGGAACACGAAGCAAUCAAGCUCGCUGGUCCAAAUCCGCAGGACCUGGAGCUCGAGGAAGGUGAGGUGACAGAUGACAGCGAUGAAGGUUACACGCCUUUGGCACGACCAGAACUAGCAAAAACGGAAUUCGCCGGCGGGGCGAGCGUGAGCCAACCACGGACAGCAAUGGAAAUUCUGUCUGACCAGGAUGAUUUGAACGACGAAUCAGAAGCCAGCUCGGACGAUAGUGAUGACGAUGGCGCUAGUUUCGGGAAGCGCAUGAGAAGUAAUAGCGACAAGAAAUUGAGGAUACGUCCUCCAUUGGAAAAGAUUCCGCAGCCACAGACAAGUCAAUCGCUUCCAAGCAAAUAUAACAUCUGGACCGAAAGUCUGCAGGAGGAUACGUUGAUGGAAACUAUGCGUGGGUGUGACGUGACACUGAACGGGAUGAGAAAUCGGGACGUCGAGUCCUACGAUUAUAACUUGAAAUAUCGGAUGAAUGGCGACAAUGCGUUUCAGCGGGCGAUGAAAAGGCGACAGUCGAACUCGGAUGACUCGGAUGGGUGCGGGGGUGGUAAGCGGUUUCGUUCGACCUCGUUUGGAAGUGCCUGCGUUCGGGAACGGAAAAGCGUCAAGUUGCGACUCGGAAAGCGAAACAGUAGCGACAGUAAUAGCAACGAUAGCUUCCAAAAUACACCAAGAUUUGCUUCCAGGCACAUUCUAGAUCUGAACAUAGCUGAGGAUUGUGAUUACGAAGCGUUUGCAGCCGAACUAGCCAACAAACUGUGCGAGGAAAAGGAUGACCUUAUGUUGCGAGUUGUAAGCGUUCUUGGUAAACAAAUACCUGCCAAGCUGUUCAAGGAAACACAAAAAAUUGAAGCCGAUGGAGGAAUGCUUAUUAUGAACGGUGCACGCCGUCGUACCCCAGGAGGCGUGUUCCUAUUUCUCCUCAAACAUAACGAGGAGAUUGACAAGGACGACAAGAAGGCAAUCUUCCUGGUUGAGAAGAAAACCGCCAUCAAGGAACGUAAAAACUCCCAAGCCGUAAACCGCGAAAAGAAGGUCGAAGAACUGAAGAAGACCCUCAACCGACAAGCAGCGGAUAACGAACUGCCGACAAGAAGCGAUCUAAUGCUGUCCCAUCUCAAGCCAGAAACUCACAGCACACUGUCAAACCCACCUCCUUCACCGGUGGGCGAUGAGAACCGUGAGGGAAGCCCAGACUACCAUCCACAAAACGUACUCGUAAAUGUAACAAGCCCUGAAAAAGGGCUCAGCGACCCGAAGGAUCAAGAACCGGUACCGGAAAGCUCCCGACAGGAGCCAACCCAGCUGCAAAGCUAUGACGAUGAUUUUCUUGACAUGACGUGCGACGAUAUGGACAUGUUUUAGCAUCCAUCGAUGGCCAUUCGAUACAGAUCCCCACAUCGAUGUUGGCGGAUCGCUCCUAAUUUCAGUUAAAUUGACUGAUAUUUGGAGCAAACAGCGCUGAGUAUAUCUUUCAAAAGUGUAGACUGAUAGAUUCGUCUAUACUUCUUGCUGGGGACGGUAGUUUGUUUGGCUAUCGAUUUGAUGAGCUGGCGAACGGAGCAGAAUGAAACGGGAGAACGAGAGCGCGAGUGAACGGGAUGCAGUGUACUAGUUUAAUGCAAGAAAGUGUUUAACAUAGAGAAAUAGUGUUUAGUUUGCAGGAAAUAUAUUUAAUUUUCUAAAACCCGUCAAUGAUA